AUGAAGGAUCACAAUCUGCAUUAUAAACGAUGGUUUAAAGACAUGUAUCGUAGGCAGACUUCAUGGAUACCCGCUUAUUUUAAGGACAUGCCAAUACAUGGACGGAUGAAAACAACUUCCAGGUCUGAAAGUGCGAAUUCAUUCUUUAAUAAGUACUUGCAUCAUGGGAAUUUCCUUUUGUAUUUCAUGGUGAACUAUGACACGGACACGGGAUGUCACGGAAAACCAUGUAACAUGCAACGUCAUCUUGAUAAUGCAACUAAGAGAAGUAGGCAUAAAUUUGGGAUGGGCAUAGGAUUAGAGCAACAUGUAGCAAAAGUGUAUACAAAUACAGAUUUUCUAGAAGUUCGAAAGGAGAUAUACAAAGGAGCAUGGAAUUGUUCAAUUGAUAGUGUAGAAAAUAUGAACGGGUGGCAGGUAGUAAUGAUUACACAUUUGGACAAAAGAAGACAAGUGAAAACAAAGUGUAAGGUGGAACUGAAGGUGCCAGAAAAGGAAAUAAAUUGUACAUGCGAACUCUUCAAGCGAAUGGGUAUUUUGUGUCGACGUGUGUUUGCAGUUCUGAAGAAUAAUCACAUUGAGGAGAUACCCGAGCAAUAUAUUCUACGAAGGUGGAGAAGGGAUAUUAUUUCUAGCCAUUUGUUGGUCAAUAAGAAUGGGCUUGCUGAAAUGGAAGAUAAAACUUUUAAAUUGUUAACCGAAGCGUAUAGUAACAUGGAGUACUGUCUAGAGCGUCUUCAGAAUGAUAAGGGAAAAUUAGAAUAUUUUUUCAAGACAACACGUGCAAUGAGGAGGGUGUUUGAUCAAGAUCCGGUUAAUACUAUUGCGUUGGAUGAUAGUGAUGAAGCUGUGUUUACGCUAUUUGGGGUUAGUAUUCCAGAACACAUUGAAGUUAAUAUCCCACCAGUGGUACAUAAUAAAUGGGGUGGGACUAAGAAACGGAUGGUUAGUGCAGUGGAAAGGGCAGCUGCAUCUUCAAAAAGUGGUCCACGAAAGUGCAUAGGAUGCAACUUAUAUGUGAAUCAUAAUUGGAGGACUUGCAAAGUAAGAAUUGUGCAUGAGAAAUCCAAUUGUAGUUAG